AUGGGAAAUGUAGAGGUACAUGAUUUAGCACCAGUUAGAGAUGAUGAAAGGAAAGAACUGAAUUUGAGUCGGAAAAUAUCUUACAAACAAUAUGAAAAGCACACGAAAGGAAGCUACCAUGAGGCCUGCCUUACAGAACUACCAUGGAACAUCAGGGAUUCAGUGUCUCUCUAUGAGAGCAUGUCUGCUUCAUUUAAUGCCAUCACAGAACUGCCUCCAGAGUUGCCUCUACGAUUGCCACACUUAUCAAGCUUAGAUCUCAGUAACAAUGCAUUAGAAUAUCUACCAGAAAGUUUUGGACUCUUAUUUCACUUACAGACCCUAAUGCUUCAACGCAACAAAUUAAAAGACUUACCAGAAUCUUUUGUACAUUUAGUUAAAUUAGAGAAAAUCGAUCUAUCACACAAUCAGUUGAAAGAUUUACCAGAAGAUUUUGGUAAAAUGGAAAAACUGAGUAAACUAAAUGUUUCACACAAUAAAUUACGUGUAUUGCCAGUAUCUUUAGGUGGAUGUGAAACUUUGACUUUAAUUCUAGCCUCAGAUAAUAGAUUAACUGUUCCACCACAAUGCAUAUCAAAUGAAGGUUCAUCUGCUAUAUUGAAAUUCUUACGUAGAAAAUUUUCUUGUGUAUCAAUAUGCUCAGCAUCCGAAAUCAAAAUGACUGUCAAUGUCUUUCCCCGUGUCCGUGGUAACCAGUGCCAAAAUGUUCAAUCAAACAAUCCCUCCAUCCAUUCACAUUACAUCAAAGUACAAACUGAAACAACCAAUACCCCAGCAAGAAUAAAAACUCCUCUAUUACCACCAGCAGAUGCAACUGGUCUAGGACCAGAUGAACUUGCAGAUAAAAUAACCGGUUUACUUUAUGGGGCAGCAAUAGGUGAUGCAUUAGGUAUAGCAACUCGCUGGAUGACAGAAGAUGAAUGUAGUUUUUAUUACCCAGACAGAUAUAUAAGUUAUAAAGAUAUUAUUGUUGAUGAAAAUAGAGUAUGGUGGAGACAAGGUGAUUGGACAGCUAAUAUGGAUCAUAUGAUUAUUGUCUUAGAUUCUAUUAUAUCCUGGGCAGGAGUUGUAGAUGAAUUAGAUUUUGCUAAAAGACUAUAUCACUGGUAUCGGUAUGGUUUUAGUGAGUUGGGUGAUGUUGAAGGCAUAGUAUUGAGCCCAACACUACUUCAGUUAUUUAAGAUAAAAGAAUACACAACUAACCCUCACCACUCUGCUGAACAGAUUGUUAAAGACCCACCUAUGACUCACAACUCUCUUAAUGGAGAUAAUGACUCAUAUGAUUCUAUGUCUGACUCUGGUAUUGAUAGUCCAAAAAAAAAGAUGUUUGGUCAACCACACCAGUAUGCUGCUAACGCCAUCACUCCAGGUGCCUGUGAUGAAUUCGGAGUUGACAAUGCUGCUGUAUUUAGAAGCUGUAUUUUAGGAAUACCAUCAUUUCAUGAUAUAACGGAAGUAAAGAAUAAUUCAGUUAGGAUUUGUCUGGCUAGUCAUAAUAAACCAAUCUGUAUAGCCAGUUGUGUUACUGUCUCAACAUUAAUAGCUCUCUUAUUACAGAGAAAAGAAGAUGAUAUAGAUGAAAUAAUAACAGAAGCUCUCAAGCAUGGUGUGCAAUAUUUAAAAAAUGAAGAAGAUAAAAAGGAAUUUCUGGCUUUAAGAAAUGUUAAAGAUAUUUCAGAUUUAAAGGCAAGAGAAGAUGGUAAAGGAAGUCAUAUCUAUAAACCUAUCAUAGCCUCUAUUAUAGCCUUAAAAUCAAAACUAAGUUACAAAGAAACAAUACUAGAUAUAAUUAAAGAGUGUGGUGAUAGUAAUAGUAAUGCAUGUUUAGCUGGAGCAGUAUUAGGUUGUAAAUUAGGUUUUACUCACCUACCAUCUACUUAUAUUACUGAGUUACGUUAUAAACAAACUGCUUGGUUAAAUAUUAAAAUUAAUUGUUUACUUGACAUGAUGGGUUUACCUUGAAUUUCUAAUUUAUGGGGAUUACUUCAUGGCAUCAUGUCUGCAGGAGUAACUUCCAGUCAUUGAUACAGCAACACAAUAAAUGGUUCAUUCAUGAUCAACUAGUCAAAUAGAUCCGCUGGAACCAAAUUGAUUAAUUUACAGGUUGCAUAUAUUUCUAUUCUUAUAUACUCUACUACUAUAUAGUCUACUAUUUGGUAUAAUCUUUAAUUGAAGUUAUUAGUGAUGGGAAAACUGGUUUGUUGUAUCUUGGGCUUAAUAUUACAACAUUCAGCUUUUAGCUGAUGGCAAUAGUUACUUUUAAAGUACAGUUAUAUUAAAUUUAAACUUUUUUUGAUGUAUUUUCCUUCGUGUUAGGGUGCAACAGCAAGCUUUACAUAUCAUGUAUGUUUAAUGAGUAUUAUAUGUAAACCAUCUGGCAUAGAGUUUAUAGUUAGCAAGUCAUUUAUAGAGUUUGCAAGUUAUUUAUAGAGUUUGCUAGUAAUGUAUAGAGUUUGCAAGUUUUUUAUAGAGUUUGCUAGUAAUGUAUAGAGUUUGCAAGUUAUUUAUAGAGUUUGCUAGUAAUGUAUAGAGUUUGCAAGUUAUUUACCUACAGAUGAAAUGAAUUAAAAAUUUAUCGCUGUUUGCUUAAGAUUGUAAAACUGGUCUGGUUUAACUAUAUUUUUUUAAUGAAUCCUUGCAAUCAUGUCAUUCUUUAUAUUGUAAAUUGUAUUUAAAGUUAUGUAUAUAAUUUAUUGUAUAUUAUGAAACAUAUCAAUACACAACUAUAUAUCAAUACACAACUAUAUGGGUGAUAAAAUAUACAAAUUAUUAAUAUUUUCUAUAAAUGGAGUGAAUAAAUCUUAUUUUCUCAAU